AUGGCUGUGUUUUUACAACGCAAUUUCAAGAAGGUCAACGAGGACAUCGUCACCACCUUGGUCGACUUCAUCGUCUUUAACUCACGUGUGCACAAUGUUUUCAACUUCCGCACCCAAAAGACUUUCUCGGCUUGCAUCGAUCUAUACCAGACCGUGCUCCUCUUCGGCAUGGAGCCCUACACCAAGGGCCUUCGCAAGGCUAAUCUGGACGAGAAUUACAACCAGGAAAUCACCCCGUACUCCGUGCUCGACAAGCUUGUACAGCUUCCAACCACUAACCCCUGCUACGUGGCUCUAGUCCACAAGUUCGAGGGCUUGAUGUUCAUCGGUGAGCUUGACAGUGACAAGGAUUGGGCGACCUGGCUUGGAGAGCACCCUACCUUUGUUGCUUGCAUGGAGUCUUGGAAGACGGAGCGUGAGGCCCAGGCUACCAUCAACAGGGAGACUUGCCAUGCUGCUCGUUGGGAGAAGAGCUUCCCGGUUCUGGUCCAGGGUAGUCGUGUGUAGACGGCUCAAGCUAAACCGUUCUAUCGCUGCUCGCUUUAUGUAUCUUUGAACGGGAGUGUGAGCUGCGGAUAUCUGUUUGAGCAUUUCCAUGUUCACUACAGACUCUAGCUCGAGAUGCACUUCCAAUAUUUAAAGCACAUUGC